CGAGAGGCGAAGUCUGAAACCCGGAGGCAGGAGAGAUGAUAGGAAAUGUUGACUGGGCUUUUGGGUCCGAAUGUGCCUUAAGCUAGCCCUGCUCCUCGUGGAAGGCAAAAUGGACGGCUAGGUUUUCACAGGAUGAGAGAAAAGCAGAGGCACUUUCAAAUAUGUGUCUUUUCAUGUAGUCACAACGGAUGUCUGCAUUUCCACUGCCUUGUUUGUCUGGCUUAACGAGUAUUAACAUUUUAUUCAUAGUGCUCAUACAUGCUUAUGAAUAGCUCCAGAGCAGAUUUUACAGAAAAUUUGGUUUGUAUGCAAAUAUAAUAGCUUUUCCUUUGUUCUUGAGUGUCAUCAUGGCCUGAUGUGGAAGUGGGUGCAAAAGUUAGCGUUCUUUGAUUGCUUCCUAUUAAAUUGAUACUCAUUUCCUUCCUACCAAGAAGAACUGGCACUCGUGUAUGCCUGAGAUAACUACAUGUCACUCUGUGAUACGGAGAAAGGAAAUGACUAGAAUAACAACACUGACCGAAAAUGGACGCUUGCACUUUUUUUCCCUAUUCUUUAGAUGGUAUUUUAGGAGCUGUCUUUGAAGCUGUCAGGGAUCAAAAUGGCAGUAUAUGACUUUUUAGGAUGAGAAUAAGUUUGAAGGAUGAUGUUUUCUUACUGGUGCUGAUACUCACUAUUUAAAUAGUGGUGAUACUACAAGAUGACCAUAACUUUUUUAAUUCAAAACAGACCAGAGGUCUAACAGAUGAACAGAAUAAAAGGUCAUCGUUAGGAAAGGAUGGUUUAGGUGCCCAACUCCUACAAUGACCUUUUUCUCACACUUUUUCUCUGACUGCCUUGUAUGACCACUGCUCUGAAACCAAAAUUGCGUGUUCAGUCAUAUGGUAUCUGGUGUUUUGGCUGAGGCUGAAAUUGCAAGUUAAACUCUGUUGUCGAAAGACAUCUCCAUGAAGAAAGUAAGCAUGGUACAGAAGAUCUCUUGAGACAUAAAAAUGAGUAAAAUAUAGUACCUUCUGGGCACUGCAGAUAAACAUGAUGCUAUGGAAUGCAACUGCAUAUUGUAUCAGUCCUGGAGAAUUUGGGUGCUGUGGGAUUAGGCUCCAUGUCCAACAUCUUCCACUAUAUUAUAACAGUAACCAAGACCUGCUUCAGAAGGAGAAAUGGUAGUUACCACUGGUGCAUCAAUGAUAGAGAAGGAAGAAAAUCUGCUGAGUGAAAAGAGUCACCUAAAUUUGUCCCCAGCACAGGCAGUGUGAACGUGUAUGGUGUGCUGGACACACACGGUGACACUGUGAGGGUGUGGGCACUGUGGGGUGAGGGCAUUGAGCAAAUCAUGGGAAUGCAGGGCCACUGCGGGACUGUAAGACAUUGCUUAAUCCAUUUGGUGCACCAUAGCUGUGCACCUAAACCAGGCCUGAGAGGGGUUUAUCUGUCUUCUCUCUCUUUGUCAAGGAAGAGGGUCCCACAGUGCUUCCAGAGAGAAGUGGUCCAAUUGUCAGCAAGUCACAGCCAGUUCAAAAUAGGUGUUGUGUGAAAGAAAUUGAUUACUUUGCAUGUUUCCAAUGUCGACACAGGGAUCAAACUGACCAUUUCCCUUUUCAUAGAAAACUCCUUUUAUGUGUUGGAGUGCUGUGUCUCUUUCCCUGGUCUUCUGAAUUAAAUGAAGAUAAUUCCUUCAACUCCUCUUUCUCCAGGAUUGUAUUUUCUAAACUGUUUGGAGACAAUGCCAAAUGUGCUCCCUUUGACUUUCCUAAUGUGGUAAUUGGUGCAGGAUGUACUAUUCCAACUGAGGCCUUAUCUAUGCCAACCAGAGUAAAACCAGUCCUUCCCAAGCCAUCUCUCAUAUAAGACAUGAGAUGUUGUUUUUUUUUCACAAUGGCAUUAUAUUGUGAACUUGUUUUGUAGCUUGCAAUCAGCUAUAACCCCACCAAUACUUUUCUGCUGCCAAACUAGGUGCUUCCUGCUUUCUAUUUGUGUGAAUAAUUUUAUCUAACUGUGCCAGGCUUGUCUCUAUUGAAUAUUCCUUUUAUUUUUGUUAAUUCUUCUCUUACUGUUAAAAUCACCGUAAAUUCUCAUAAUUUCUCCUUCUCUGCCUCCACCAAAAACUUGCUUCCACUCCCUUCCAGUUCAGUGUCACACGGCGACUGUAUAAUCUCAUAUUUGGUUCCACUCUCCAAGUUACUAAUGGAAAAUAUGGAUAACCUCUGAGUGUGACAGAUAGCCAUCCCAAUGCUGACAUGUUCAAAACCAGUUCUGAUGGUGAGAAGACAACUGCUGUGUCAAGUAUGAAGGUGCUGGACCAGAUACACUUUCUAUUAUCUUUUCUCCGGCCCAUCAAUUUUCUUUGACUCUGGUCAUCUCUGGAGUUUAAGGAUGACAAAGCAUGGUGCAGAAAUUACAGAGGCAAUGUUAACUUGAUCCAAUAAACUCAUCUCAACACCAAAUGCGUGGUUGGUCACUGCUUUUUGCAGUGAAGCCAUUUUUGAUUAUACUUGUAAUUUGGGUUAUUCCCCAAGAUGUGGCCAUGAACCAACUCUGGUGAGGAACAUCAUUCCCAGGGAGCGGUCUUGGGCUGGCUCCCAGGAACCCCCUCUUGGGUAGUGGGGGGUGCUCCACAUGAGGGAAGCAAGGCAGUUUGGUUUCUACUUCUGCUUUGAUAGGCUAGAUGAGAUAUCAAGACACUCUAUGCAGUCAGCAAGAGCUCUUGCACAGUGUUUGGCACUUAACAUCUAGGCCAUAUUUAUGUCAUUUUACCAGAGAGAGAAUGAUGUCUCAUAUCUUGACUUCAGAAGGCUUAUCAUCUGUGAAGCUUUUGAUUAAUCUGCUAUGGCAGUUAACCCAUUAAUUGCCACAGUUAUUCUCAACAAGGCUCAUGUUCGCAAAAGUCAGGGAAUUACUGCAUGCUCCAGCUUUUACUGCUAUGCCUUUUCUCUGUGCUGUGUUCGUGGUAGUGACAACUCACUUAUUUUUGAAAGCAAGAAUAAAGUUUGCUUGAGCUUUGGAUAUACCCAGUCAGGUGUGUCCCUAAUUACAUCUAUAUCUUGUCUUAAGUUCACUGGUGCUUUGAAUGGGCCUGUAAACACCCAGGGGCUGCUAAGUAACUGCCAUAAAGCCUGACACGUCCUGGGGCUGAGGCUGUGGGUAUGGAUAUGUGGCUGUAGGGCUUAUUUCCUAUCUGGAACUAGUUUUGUGCAGGUACAGUUGUGUAGAUUUUGCAAUAGGUCCCAAACUGAACCUCAUGUGUACUAGUCCACAUGAACAAAUACCAAGAGAACACCCUGUAUUUAACCUUAAAGGAAUUUUUUUAACGUCAAGAGUACUUGGUCUCAGAUCAUAACACUUUAUCACAAGUCUUAAAUAAAUGUGUUUUUUAAAAAAUAAUGCAGUUUUGCUUAUUUAAAAAUGUCAGUAGAACAUGUUGCUUCUGACUGAUGAUCACAUGCAACCUCUUUUUUCUGUUUGCAUGCCAACAUAAUGUCUUAAUCACUUAAAAAUACCACUGUGUGGUAGCAAUAGUAGUUAUCUACAUGUGGUAUGUACGUAGCUAUUUCGCUGAGCCAAUGUGUUUCAGGGAAGCCGAGGUGAUUAAUUAGAUAAUGUACAUACUCAUGGUGCCGUAGUGCCAGCACUGCCUGUGAGUGCGUUGGCUAAUUGCCCUGCACAGUGACUUGUAGUGAUGCUGAGCUGUAGUAAUUGACAAGAAAUGCAUGGAUGGCUGUCUCACUGUUUAUGUUAGUGGUAUGGAUCUGUCUUAACCAUCUGCCAGUCCCUUGGAGGUACAGUUCACACUUCCCUUGUCUCCAUCCAGGCCAAUUUAACCUGAAGACCUUGGUAUUGCAAACCAGUGAAGAUGGAGCAACUUUUUUUGUCUACAGCCCUGUUACAACUGCUCCCCACCCCACCCAACCAACACCACAUCUAGUUACAAUUGCUCAUUUAUGUGACUUGUGAGAAAAAUGUCAAGAGGACAUACCGAGAAUCCAUUUUAUCUAUGGACUGUUGAAAAUUUGUCAGUGGUGAUCCGUAGCUCUCCGGUGAAAAUUUAGACAACCUAGUAAAUAGUAGCAGUCAACCUAUGUAAAACAAUCUGUCCUCUCCAAUGCAGGAAUAAUGUUUACUCUCAUGGUUACUGAGUAAUAGCAAGUUAAAACUUCAGAAUUUUUUGUCAGUCUUAUAAUAAAUAUGUGAAAAAUGCAAUGCAUUUUUGUAUUGCAAUUAAUGCACACCAGCAUCUUCUCCUAGUUUUGAUACUAAUGUCUGGGAAACCUGAUAGCCAGUCUAUGGAAAACACCAGGGUGGUUAACCUUACUCAGUACACCUGAGAAGUAUGAGAGGCACCCUAGAUCCUUGAAUUUAUAAUUAUUGCUGUCAUACAAAAAUUGAGAGUUCCUUUCUGUUGAAGAGAUCAAAUACUGGUAAAGAAACUGAGGUAAGUCAAAGAAGAACCUCCAAAACUAUCAGUAUUCUAGUAGUUAUCGCCUCAUUUCUUUGAGUCAGAGGCAACAAUCUGAAUUUUAAUUCCCCUCCCCCCCCCCCCCCCACCCCCAGUUUUUCCUAGCCUUUAUGGUAGGAAAGGAACCCCUGAAGUCUUGGAGAUUCUGCCAACUGCAGAAGUAGCCUGAAAAGAAUGGAGUAAUCCCUACUUCUCUGAAUAUAUCAGCUUGUAAUAAAUAACUUGUCCUGGCACAAACAGAGAAGUUGACACUUCAUGCAAGCUUUUGGGAAAAAAUAAUACCCUGAGACAUUUGCAAGUGCAGGUAUUUGUCACUAGGAUGAUGGAAAGUGUAAAGGUGGUAAUCUGCUGUACGUAGGCUUUGAUGAGCGUAUGAGCCGGGUGGUGUAGUCUUCAGAUACACUUGCAACUUCUUGAUGGAUUUCUGUAGCUUUAUAACUGGCAUUCAGUGUUAACUGAUGGACUUUAGUUCCUGAAUACAUUUUGUCUAAUCUUAAACACUGAGAAAUCCAAGAAAUUCCAGAGAGGAUAACUUCCUUUCAGUGAGUCCACAAAAAGAGUUUGAACUGCUGAUCUCUGUCGUAGUUGUUAGUACUGGAGUUAGUACACAGAUGUGAUCUUAGAACAGCUUGAGAAGGCAAACUGUCCUAAUCAUUAGAUUAUAAUUUUUGUUUUUUCAGGCUCUUAGAGAGGAGAAGAGAGAAAUAAAAGAUGAAUGAUUUGAAAAAUUCAAGCCUGCUGUGCCACCUGUGAUGGGCAUGGUUGGGAAGACAGGGAAUUUGGACUGGAAAGAUGACUAGUACUCUGCUAUAAGCCAGUUACUCUUCUGGAAAGAGGAAAACCUACUGUUAAGAAAAAGAGUCUUUUCUCUAAGUUAAUUAAUAUUGUCAAAUCUAUUAUUAGACAACAGAUACCAAUCAAAAGUAUUAAAUCUGGCCUAAGACAAUUGUUUCUAAAACAGAAACUUACUACAAAAUUAUUAUUAAAUCUGAGACUCCAGCUCUAAAACAAAAGGCUUCAGCUAAAUGUAACACUUUUUUUACCUAUGCAUGAAUUGCAUUUUAGUGCAACAGCAGCACACUAUUUGCCUUGGAAUGGAGUGUGUUCAAUUCAGCAAGUCCAUCUGAGUAGAUUUCCAUCACUACUACAUCCUCUACAAGACAUAUGGGAAGUCACUGAAAUGUGCUGACGGACACUUAACUAUGAAGUAAUUUUGCCUAGGAGCGGGUUAUUAUUGUUCACCACUUGUUUUUUGGCUCAUGUCUAUUGUGUGUCAUGCAAUCAAAAUCACAUGCCAUUCAGAGCCAGGAUGAGCCACGUGGGUUCCUUUUACCUUCCAAGGUCGAGAAGAACUACUGACAGAAAUUAUUUUUAACUGGCUUGUUUUGAAAUAUCUGUUGUUCCUCAAACAACUGAAGUAAAAGCUUCAUCUUGUAAGGCCCUACUCAAGGCUGAAAAGAUUACUGACUAGACUUUUGGGCUGUGCUGAAACUGCUUAAUUAUUUCACCAUUUGUCCCCAAACUCUGAUCACAGAAUCACAGAAUAUUCUGAGCUGGAAGGGACCCAAAAGGAUCAUUGAGCCCAAUUCAUAAGUGAAUGGCCCAUACGGGGAUCAAGUGUGGAUAUACAAAUGUUAAAGCUGAAAUAAACAUAGGUGUGCAACUCAUUUGUUUCUAUAGAAAUAACUUUUUAUCCUUAAGUUAUUUCUACAUAGUCAGCAUGCUUCAGAACAUUAGCAUGGCAAUGGAAAUAUGCUUUGUAGGACUCCCUUUUGUAUGUAUAUGGGGAUAACAGAAAGGGGGUUUAUGCAUAUGCAUAGUUUUUGAUUUUCAGAGUGGAUUUUCUUUCUUGUCUGAAACCCCAUGUUAUACACAGUUGUGUGGGGCUGCAGUCUUAUUGCAACAGGACAUUUUGUAUCUUUCUCAUGCAUCAUGGGAAAGCUAGUCACUGUGGUGAUUAAUACCAAUAAGUAGCACAGUAACAUAAAAAGAUGAGCACUGAACAUGCCCUCAGCUGACUGUACUUGCUGGGUAUCUGCCUUCAAACUUGUAACCUCUGCAGUCAUCACUUGGCCCGUACUUCCUGUGUGUGUUUGGGUGUACACGUCAUGAUGGACUGCAGAAGGAACUUCAUUUUUACAAGGACAGAUUUAUCUAGCCCAGAAGUACAAACAUGGAAGUACAUGUUCCAGUUUGAAUAUAUGCAGUAUUUUAAAAUAAAAUAAAACUGACAGCUAAUCUAUUAAACCUCACACCCUUAGAAUUAAGGCAUUAUACCCUUGCAGCUGUUACUCUAGAGUAGCUGCUGUCUUGAUAUUCUAAUGUGUUAGAUGGCUCUUAUAUAGACUUGCACAAGUAGUUGAAUAUAUUUAGUGUUUAUGUUCGAAUUAGCAAACCUUUUAUCUAAGGCUGAGUACCGGAACAAUUUAGACUGGACCUUUGGACAUUGUCUAAUCCAGCCCCACUCAAAAUGCACACAGGCAGUUUUGCUGAGGGCCAUGUCAAGUAGAGUUUUAAAUAUCUUCAAGGAUGCAGAUUCCACAACUUUUCUGGGUACCUUUUCCAUUGUUUCUAAAUGUUCGGGUUUGGUUUUUUUCCCCUUCCUUUCUCCCCCAUCUCCUAUCUGGCUGGCUCUUGCCUUGUUUCCACUUAGGUCUGUUGCCUCUUGUGCUAUUGCUGUACAAUUUCCUUGAAGGGUCUAGCCUUGCAUUAAGGAGUUAGUGAUGGCAACAAGAUCUCCCUUGAGCUUCCUGUUUCUCAGGCUGAACAUUCCCAACUCUCUCAGGCUCUCUUCAUAUGUCAGGUGCUCCAGCACCUCUGACCACCUCUGCAGCCUCCCCUGGGCUCAUGCCAGUGUGUCUAUGAUGAGUAACACUCCAGAUGUGGCCUCCCAUGUGUCAGACAGGAGGGGUCCCCUUUCUUCCUCACUUUUGCUACUCCAGCCUGGAUGCAAGGCACAUGUUCCAGUUCAUGCCUACCAGCACACCAAGGUCCUGCAGAGCUGCUUCCCAGAGAGCCCAACUUCUACUGCUGCAUCAGGCACUGUAUGAAGGGAGAGACUGACGUUCAUUUUACAGAUUGAGGUCUGAGGCUAUUCCUAACAACCAGUAAUGUACUAUGUAUUAAUUUAUUUCUGUUCUAAUUACAAACAAUACUAUCAACAUAUGUGAAGAUGCAAACUUUGCUGAGUAAGAACAGCAUCUGAUAAAGGAGGUCAACUUUUCUAAACAUUGAUUUGCUAAGUUGAAAUGUUUCAAAUUGCCGUUCCACCUUUCUCUCUCUGCUUAUUUGUUUCAGAUCUUUAGUGUCAGUUCUGUUAGUGACACCACCCAAGGAAUGCUAGGAAGUUAUUGUUCUCUCUUGGGAAGAUCUGGUUCCCCUUUGUUUGAAAUGAGAAUUUGAAAUAGGAAAAGACUUCUGUGGUGAUGUUACAUUCCAGCCUGCUGUUUAUGUAAAAAAUCAUGAAAUUCUGCCAAAUUCUAGACUCUCCUGGAUCUGCUGGAUCACGGAGAUCGUGUGUGAUGCUGUCCUUGUCACGGGAGAGGAGCUCUUCACAAGUGGCCUUGAUCCAUGUGUUCAUUCAUUGAUGUCCAGCUUGUUCCUCUGCGAUCUUACCCAGCGAAGUGCUCGAGGCUUGCAGCAGUGACUGAAGUCAGAAGGAGCUGACUUCUGAACAUCCCAGCUACAAAGAAUUGUGCUUGAAGUGUCUCAAGUGGGCGUCAUAAAUCAUCAAGAGUCUAUCAUUCUUAUACUUAAUGACUCUGGGCUGAAACCUGACUAUUAGAUCUGCCUUUCCCCAAAAGACUGGGAGGAUGAAAGACCGUCUAAGUGAGCUGCGUGAAUUUGCCAGGUUACACAACCAGCAGUUUUCUGAUAGUGAUGAUGAUGAAAAUUCACCCCAGGAUAUUCUCCUUUAUGAGACGGAUUAUGCCUUGGAAAUUCUUCAUAAGGACAUACAGAACAUCCGGACAGAAAAUGACCACCUAAAAGCCGAUGUCAACCGUCUCAGAAAGCAAAACACCCGCUUCCUGACUUCCAUGCGCCGUCUUAGUAGCAUCAAACGAGAUACUAACUGUAUUGCCAGAGACAUUAAGGCCCGUGGAGAAAACAUCCACAGGAAACUGCAGGUAAUGAGAGAUUUUUGUGAAGAUGCAAUAACAAAAUAUGGAGCUAUGUCUGUCAUUGCCAGGGUGGCAAAGAACCACUACGUUGACCUCAUGCACACAUUUCAGGACGCUAUGUUUGAUUACAAUGCAACGGAGAUGAACCAGCGGGAGAACUGCAAGAUUCGAAUUCAGCGGCAGCUGGAGAUCAUGGGCAAAGAUGUUUCUGGCAACCAGAUUGAGGAGAUGAUUGAGCAAGGCAAAUGGGAUGUCUUCUCCGAGAAUCUCUUGUCGGAUGUUAAGGGGGCUCGCUCAGCCUUGAAUGAGAUAGAGACACGACAUAAGGAGCUGGUGAAGUUAGAAGGUCGCAUUAAGGAAGUUCAUGAGCUCUUUCUGCAGGUGGCCCUGCUGGUGGAGGAACAGGCAGACACCUUCGAUGUUAUUGAGAUAAAUAUGCAGAAUGUUGAGGACUAUGUAGGAGAUGCUAAAGAGCAAGUGAAAAAAGCUUUGGAAUACAGGAGAAAACAUCCCCUCAGAACAAUCCUCUGCUGCUGCUUAUCAUGUUGCAGAAGGUGAUGAUCCCACUGGAGCUAUCACAGACUGACUCCAAUGUCUUCAAAAUCAGGUGUUCUUUCCAGAGACUUUUUUGUAAUGACAAGCCCUAGAAAUAGGGGGGAUAUUUUGUUCAUUGCCUUUUUACUAAAUGUGCUGAAGGCUGUUUCUAUUAUGAACUCUUAGAAAUGUUGAUAAAACUAUUUUUAAUCUAAUUUUUAUUGAAAGGUCCUGUUACUGUAACUAGAGGUGCAAGAUCUCUGCAGUGAUACUUGUUUCAGAUAGGCAAGAAAGAGGAAUUAAUAACUUGGCCUAGGGAAGAUGAAUACUUUCAAAAAGUACCUUUAUUCUUAUUUGUCCAAGUGAGGCUGCAGGCAGUGAAGCCUUACUGCCUCGGGUGACACAGUACACCACAGAAUCAAGAGGUUUCAGUUUUAACUAGUUUGGAGCCUGCUUGAUGCAAAUUUGACAAAAUAUUGAGCCUGCUAGCAGGAGCAGGACACAGAACUAGUUUCUCUUUCAACUUGAUUCCCAGCUGUCUUGAAUCUUAACAGAAGUGGCUGCACCUUAAAUUAUACUAUGCACAUUUUGCUCUAUCUGUGUGCAAGUGACUGCUUUUUUCCAUUUUGAGUACCCAACUCUCUCAAGGUGGCUAAAAGCACUGCAGCACUGAGGCAUCUCACUCACUUUUAACUUGAGCCACUUUCUGGACUCUCAAUUUCAAACCUGCCAUGCUUUCACAUUCUGAUGCAUUUUUCUGCCAAUUAGCACUUCAGCCAGAAGAGAAACAUGGAGUGGCCUUCUGCAGAAACAAGCAUAAGAAGACAACAGUUGUGGGACUGAGAAAGCAUUUUAGGGACUCCUGUACUGGCACAUACAUACAAGCAGUUUUAGUGGAAUGACUGGCCUAUCAGUGUAUUUUUAUUUUUUAUAAACAUUGAUCAAAUAAGAAUUUUUUUAUAUCUAUUUUAAAUAAGAUGAAGGAUUAAUUUUUUUUUUUAAUAUGCAGUUUUACUGGUGUACAAAAAUUUUUACUUUCUCCAAUUGUUGGGAAAUCUCCACCUGGGAAAGCAAAUAGAACUAUUUCUUUAGUACAUCUGAAGAAGAUAGAAAACAGUUUCAUGUCAUUUCAGUCCUCUUUUCAAGCUUAAAAGGAAAUUCUUCUUUUGUGUGAUGGGAGUCUGCCCUUACACAAGGGCAAACCAGUAGGUUUGGAGUAUGGUAAGGAAAUAAAAAAUAUGCAGCCCUGGUAAGCACUGAGCAUUGUGAGCGAAACAUGUUCAUAAAGUCUGGUGAGUGAUCAUAGCUCCUGCAUCUGGAGGCUUUCCAACUGUAUUUCUAAGUGGCUUCCUGAUACACUGUGAUUAUUGCUAUCCUUUGAAAUAAUGCAGGACAUUUUUUUCAGAAGUUAAUUUUUUUUAACUGAUGAUCCUAUUUGUACCUAUUUUAAUAAAUAUAUUUCAACAUUUCAAAUAUUUUGUAUUUGGGAGUUUUCCUCAGAUGUGCACAGAUGUGCAUUUUCCUGCACCAGUCGCAGUGAAACUUCUCCCUUCUAACCUUUUGCACCCUAAAUUUAUAUGUGAAAAAAAGCCCCAAACAUUUCUUACUAUUUUUAUUAAUAUAACAAAACAGCAAAAUAAAUCCAACUUCCAAGCUUUCAUAUCUUACUGGGAAACACUGCUUAGCCAGACAGGUGUUUUUACACAAAUAGAAACUAAAGGGAUAACUCUUCUCAGAAACUGAGUGUCCCUUUUGCUGUAGCACUUUUCUCUGGUAACAUGGAAGAGUGAGGAACACCUAUCUUCUAAACUAUAAGAUAUUUUGAUACUCAGUGGUGUACUGGUGAUAUCAGUGUUAUGCUUGUCUGAGGACCUCUCCAACAACAGUGUUCAAACUUGAAGUGGGAGAAAGGAGGGUGAUGAGCUGGCACCACAGCCAGUGGCUUUGGUGCUACUCAAGAAGACAAAGCUGUUUACUCUGUAGGUACUGCCAUUAAGUCAGUGGAACUGUGCAUUUGUAGAGAAAUACCCUAAACCUCUGAGAGUCAGCAUGUGGGGAUAAAUCAAUGAAGAAUGAAAUAAUGUAUUUCCUUUCGCAUGCAUAUUCCUAGACCUUGAUAAAAAAGAUGUACUUCUUUUUUUUUUUUGUGCUGGUUCCUUUUUUCAUCUACAUGGAAAAUGGAAUAAAGAUUUAAUGAGAAAAAAGGAAA